AAUGUCUCUCAGCGAAGCUAUUAAUUACGAACGCUCAGUAUAACAUUUUCAUCGGUAGAGUAAGCUGACAAACGUGUCUCCUCGAUAAUCAAAUCGCCAAUUGUCCGCGAUACUUAUUUCAAUAUCAUCAAACUCCUUUACGCAUUAGAAAAACUUCAUUACGUAUAAUCAUCAUGUGGGACAACGAUGAUAUGGAAGAAAUUGAUCUCAGCAAGGACCAACUUAAACACCUUCGUAUGGCAUUCGACACUUUCGAUCCCGAAAAGAAAGGUGCGAUUGAAACCUCGAUGGUUCCAACGAUUUUGGAAAUGUUAGGACACGAAGUUAGAGGUGUUAAUUUGCAAGAAAUGAUCUCAACCUACGACUUAUGGGGAUCGGGCGAGUUGAAAUUCGAUGAAUUCUCCAAAUUAGCAUCUCGUUUUAUGGAAGAGGACAUGGACACGGAAGCCAUGAAGGAGGAACUUAGAGAAGCUUUCCGAAUUUACGACAAGGAAGGAAACGGUUAUAUCACUACCGAUGUCUUCAGAGACAUUCUUCAUGAGCUGGAUGACCAACUAUCCCCGGAGGAACUUGACAUGAUUAUAGAAGAGGUGGACACUGAUGGAUCUGGCACGCUCGACUUCGAAGAAUUCAUGGAGGUCAUGACGGGAUAAAUUAUGAGCUUCUCGCCCGAAUUAGCAGUUAAGUCCUACCAAUGCGGUCGAGGAAGAAACGUCGUGUCACGUGUACAGAUAGGGACGAGCACGAUUUAUUAUAGUUGUGUGCGAAAAUGUCUGGUUAUUCGAGUGCGUGCGUGUGUGUGCGUAUGUGUGUGCGUGCGUGCGUGCAAGUAUGUACGUUCAGCAACACGUUCCUUGGGCAAACCCAUUAUAUAAAGUUCGAUUCUACAUGGAAAAAGUUUGCGCCUUUGAUUAUUUAGGAUUGAUUGUAGGAUCUUUUAACAAAGGUCCUCUUAGAAGAUUUUGAACUCGUUAGAAAUACGUCUUGGUGCAUUUAAUGAAGUUGAAAUUUGCCGAAAUUAUUAUAUACAGUUUGCUCGGGAAACGUGUAGAAUACGCGAAACAAUCAUCAUAUAUGUACCUACAGUAUGAAUAUAUUUUCAACUAAUGUGAA